ACAGAUGUUUGACAUCUGCGAGCGCUAUAUGUGUUAAAAAUUAAAUGUAAGGUUAAAAGACGAGUAGUAAGUCGUAUAAUGUUAAUCAAUGAAAAUGUGUUAGCAAUUUUGAAUUUUUCUCAAUCUUAACAAUCUACUCUCCAUCAUCUCCUAAUUAGAUGUCCUAAUUGUAUUCCUGGAUAUAUAACAGCGGCUGGUAUUUAUUUAUAAUCACAGAGGUAGCCAUAUUUUUGCGAGGGUCGCGCUUGCUCGACCUCCAACAUGGGCGUUCCUUUUGUCGUCUGCAAUGUGUCAAAUGAGCCGAAAAUGAUCGAAAACUGUUGGAUAAUCGAGUGAGAUAUUAAAUUCGCCGUGAAAAUCGAUGUGUCAACAAAGACGUCUCUGGGGAGAUCUAAAAAUGCAUUAUCCAUUUUGACAAACGUAUCGGAUUUCCGUUUGCUAUUUUUGCUGAUAGUGUCGCGAGAACAAAAGACAUUUCUAGUGCAAUUAAAUACAUUAGUUGAAUUAGAAACACGAAAGAAAAAAGUGCGAUUUCGUUUUAUCGAACAGUCUCUUUUUCACCGAAGCUUCGAAACUCUUAAUCCACCAGAUGAGAGAUCAAUGAGGGAUCCCACCGAUUCAGUAAAGGUUAUGCAGCGAAAUCGAGAAAAAAUAAAGACGUCAAAAGAAUUUUCUGCAUGCUAAUUAUUUGAUGUAAGCAAGAAAGAGAAAAAGGAAAACGGUUUUUUUUGCAAAUAAUAAGCGACAGAACACUUUAAUGCGUACUACAAGCUCCGAGAAACUAAAGUACAAGAUUCCUGUCCCAAAUCAGCUGAUCAGCAAAAAGAAUCUGUGAGAUUUAAUUAAGCUUUAAUGAGAGCAUUAUUUUGAAUAUACACAUAUUGAAAAUAUUUGCACAAAGCUCAGUUUGAGAUAAUUUUGUACGCGUGACAGACAAUAUUUAUUUCUCACGAAAAAGAAAAUUGUAAAAUGUCGGGGAACAAUUCAACGGCGAUGAAUACAAACAAAGGUAGUAAUCUCCAAAAUCGCAAUUCGCAGAGAUCUACCCUUCUGAAAGUAGUGAUACUUGGAGAUGGUGGUGUCGGAAAGUCUUGUCUUAUGAACAGAUUCGUAUCGAAUCAUUUUGAUGAGCAUAGUUUUCAUACUAUUGGAGUAGAAUUUCUAAAUAAAGAUAUUGAAAUCAAUGGCGAAGGGUAUACAUUACAAAUAUGGGACACUGCCGGCCAGGAAAGGUUUAAGACCCUCAGAACACCUUUCUAUAGGGGCUCGGAUAUUUGCCUUCUGACUUAUGCAGUAGACGAUAGGACGAGUUUUAGAAAUUUAGCAUUAUGGAGAUCUGAAUUUCUAAAAUAUGCAGAUGUUCAAGAAGAUUCCAGUUUUCCAUUUAUCGUUGUUGGUAAUAAGGUGGAUGUUGCCGAAUCUGAGAAGCAGGUGUCCACAGAAGAAGCUCAAGCUUGGUGUUUAGAAAAUGGCAGUCCUCCGCUAGUUGAGACAUCAGCGAAAGAUGCCACUAAUGUUGAGGCAGCAUUUGGGGCAGCGGUUGACGUAUGGGCGCGAUUAGAAGCUAGAUUAGAACGGCCUUUAAUAGAAGAUACCGUCGAUCUUUCUAAACAGCAAUCUCCGCAUCGUUCGAGCUGCUGCAUGCCUGUAUCUAGCGGCGAAUCUUCAUUUGUGAGCAGCUAAUUGAAAUUAUAGGGUUAUAGGAAGAUAAGCAUGCAGUAUGCAAUCUUUAUAUGAUGCAAAUCAAUAUUUCUGGAACAGACAUUUAAAGUUUCUUUCCAUUUGUAAGAAAUAUAUAAUGUCACAAAUUGAACUUGAAAUGAUGUUUUUACUCUCUUUAGGGUCAAUAAGAACAUUACGCAAUAUAAGUGUAAGAAAUUAUUUUAAUCUGAUAUUUUAUAUACUCACAAAAAAAAUGAAAAUUUAUUUGUAGUCCACAGAAAAUUCGAACUUAAGUCAAAAGUUUAAUUAAUUAAUUUCAUUUCUCAGUUUCUCUUUUCAGUUACGUCAGAGAUAGACAUUUUUACAAAUUAUACUUAAGACAUCAUUUUUUUUUAUACAAGGCAUACUUUGUUUCUAGGUCUAACAAAGUAAUUUGAAGAGAAUCUCUUGCCUGUCUACAAUACUUUCUUCAUUAUAUGGUAAACUUUCUUUAUUGACAUUGGAAUUAUGUCGAUUGUAUAUGAACGACAUAUAUAAUUUCAAA